CACAUUUUUGUUUUACUGUUACCUCCCUCCUUUUUUGCAUGCAUAACAACAUGGUGCCAACCUUUCCGGAACCAAACUGUGCAGAUCUUGAACACAUCUCUUUGACAGUUGCAGAGAUGGGAUCCAUAGAGGAGAAAACAGGCCUUGAACUUGAAGAGGAGAUCCCAUUUCGUUCAUCACAAUCCUUGAGAAAGAUGCAUGCCUUUGAAACAUCUCAUGCUUUAGCAGACGUCUCUCACACUUGGAUCCCUAAACGUUUACCUUAUAAAGUUGCAUUCAAGAGUAUUAAUGCCGUCUUGAUCAAAGCCAAGAUUAAUAUGUUGUUACCUUUUGGUCCCCUUGCACUUUUGCUUCACUACCUUACUGAAAAGCAUGGAUGGGUCUUCCUCUUCACCUUAGUUGGCAUCACACCUGUAGCAGAGCGUUUGGGUUAUGUAACAGAGCAGCUUGCAUUCUUUACAGGACCUACAGUUGGAGGUCUUUUAAAUGCUACAUUUGGCAAUGCAACAGAAAUGAUAAUUUCCAUCUAUGCUUUGAAGAAUGGCAUGAUAAGAGUUGUUCAGCAGUCACUACUGGGCUCCAUACUAUCAAAUAUGCUAUUGGUUCUUGGGUGUGCCUUCUUCACUGGUGGGAUUGUUCAUUACAAGGAAGUUCAAGUCUUCAAUAAGGCAGCUGCUGUGGUGAACUCAGGAUUACUGCUGAUGGCUGUCAUGGGUAUAAUGUUCCCGGCUGUGCUACAUUUCACUCACACAGAGGUUCACUUUGGAAAGUCAGAAUUAUCCCUUUCUAGAUUUAGCAGUUGUAUUAUGUUGGUGGCGUAUGCAAGCUACCUCUUUUUUCAGCUGAAGAGUCAACGGAACCUCUAUAGUCCCAUUGAUGGAGAAAUAAACCACAGUGAAGAAGAGUCUGAUGAAGAGGAAAUUCCUGAGAUUACUCAAUGGGAAGCAAUUACAUGGCUUGCUGUUUUGACUGGAUGGAUUUCCAUCCUCUCUGGGUAUCUUGUUGAUGCCAUACAGGGAGCAUCUGAUUCGUUGAAUAUGCCAGUGGCUUUUAUUAGCGUAAUCCUGCUUCCCAUCGUAGGAAAUGCUGCUGAGCAUGCUAGUGCAAUCAUGUUUGCCAUGAAAAACAAACUUGACAUCACUCUUGGAGUUGCAAUUGGGUCAUCUACACAGAUAUCUAUGUUUGUGAUUCCUUUCUGUGUGGUUGUUGGUUGGCUUAUGGGCCAACCAAUGGACUUGAAUUUUCAGCUCUUUGAGACUGCUACACUCUUUAUCACGGUUCUAGUAGUGGCAUUUAUGCUGCAGGAAGGGACUUCAAACUAUUUCAAAGGGCUGAUGCUUAUUUUGUGCUACCUUAUAGUUGCGGCCAGUUUUUUUGUGCAUGUAGACCCUUCAAGCGCAGUUGACAAUUAAGAGAUGGAUGGUCAGCCUAGCAUGAAGCACC